AAAGAAAAAACGUAGCACAGCGCAUUCUACUGUCUUAAAGAUGACAUUAAGCGCGGCGCAACUUAGCCUGUGUGAACGGUGAUGCUAACGUCAACCUAUCUAUGUUUCCCUCCAAUCCAAUCCCUUCCCCCACCUUCAAGUCUCUCAUUUCUCUAUCUACUUUCUCUCUCUACAUCUUGUAAUUCUACUGAUCUGUUGUAUUACUGAGUUCGAUUUGAAUAUGUGUGUAUAUAUUUGCGACAGAAAAGAUGGUUUGUAGGUAAAAAAUGGCGUUGUCAGCUGUUCUGCACGCCAAUCUUUCAGCCACAUCUUCUCUCCAACAAUCCAAGUUGUUCUCUCUUAGGCUCAAUGGCAAGGAAAAGAGAAUAGCUCUUAUUACAGCCCCCAAAAGAAAAGGGCAUUCCUCAUGGAUUAUUAAAUCUGUCUUGGAUGACAGGAUGUCCAGCUUCAAUGGCAAUGGGGCAACUGAACCUGCAAGGAUUCUUCUGGAGAGGUUGUUUGCCCGGACACAGAAACUGGAACAACAGAUGAACAGAGAUUCUCGUCUUCCUCAGGAUGCUCAAUUGGGGCUUAAUCUUGGAAUCCUGGAGUCUGAUCUUCAGGCUGCUCUGGAAGCCCUGCAGAAGAAAGAAGAAGAUCUACAAGAUGCGGAAAGAAAGGUCCUAUUGGAGCACUCUGAAUUAAAUCGUGCAAAGGAGGAGUUGGAGCGGCAAGAGGAAGAAAUAGCAGCUGCUUAUUUUAAGCAGGAAAAACUAGAAGAGGAGCUGAAGCAGGCUAAUCUUAACUUGGCUUCACAAGCCACACAAAUACAAGAUCUAAAGUUUCGACUUAAGGAGAAAGAUCAGGAAAUUUCUGCUGUGCAAUCUGCACUUUCUUUGAAAGAAGAUGAAAUGAGCAAGAUGAUAAAUGAAUUCACGAAGAUGAGUGAGGAAGCUGCCAAUACAGAGUUUGAACUUGAAUCCAAGGCUCAGCUCCUGAAUGAAGCCAGUGAAAUUGUGAAGAAACAAGAAGUUGAGCUUCAAGAACUCCGGCAAACAAUCCAAGUGAAAGAAGAAGAGCUAGAAAUUUCUGAGGCAGUGCGUAAACUUGAAGAGGAGAAGCUAAACGUUUCUGAGGCCAAUUUGGAGAAGCAGACAAUGGAGUGGCUUUUAGCACAAGAAGAGUUGAAGAAACUUGCAGAGGAAGCAUGUAAGCACGCAGGAGAAGGUAAUGAAACUUUAGAGGAUUUUAGAAGAGUCAAGAGGCUUCUUGCUGAUGUCAGGUCUGAGCUAGUUUCGUCUCAGAAAGCUCUGGCUUCCUCUAGACAGAAAAUGCAAGGUCAAGAACAGUUGCUAGAGAAACAACUCAUAGAACUUGAAGAACAAAGGAAAAGUAUCGUGUCUUACAUGACAAAUUUGAAAGAUGCCCAAAUAGAAGUAGAGAGCGAGAGAGUGAAGCUUAGGGUUGCAGAGGCUCGAAACAAGGAGCUUGAGCAAGAUUUAAGUUUGGAAAAGGAGCUUAUUGAAGAGUUACGGGAGGAAUUGAAUAAAGAGAGGUCAUCUCUGCAACAGGCAACUCAAGAGAUGUCUUUUCUCCAAGAGGAGGUAGACAGGAGAGAUACUGAAUUUGGAGAAACACGCAAUCUUCUUCAGGUUAAAGAGUCAGAAUUGGUUGAAGCUAGACUGGAGAUCCAGCAUUUGAAGUCUGAGCAGGCUUCUCUUCUGCUUAUGUUAGAGGGGAGAGAUUUAGAACUCUUCAAUGCAAGGAAGAAAAUGGAGGAAGUAAACCAGGAAAUUGAUGAUAUAAGGAUGCUUAUGAGCGGUAAAGAAGACCAGCUUGUUCAAGCGACUUCCAUUCUAAAGGAGAAAGAGGAACAUGUUCAGGCAAUGCGACGUGAGCUGAGAGAUUCAAAGCUUAAAAUAUCUGAAGCCGAAACUGUGGUGGAGCGGAUCGUAGAGCUCACUGACAAACUGGUUUUUUCCAUGAAGGAUGAAUAUUAUGAUGGAAUGAGCUCGUUUGACAACAUGGAACACAAGUUGUUGCAUCCGCUGUUCGAAAAACCAACCGAUGAUUUCAAGUGGCAGAAGAAACAGCUUGAAACCGAACUUGAGUCAACCAGAGAGAGCCUAAGAACGAAAGAAAUGGAAGUUGUAGCUGCGCAGAGAGCUCUCACAAUCAAAGAUGAGGAGCUCAAAAUGGUUCUUGGAAAAUUAGAUGUAAGAGAGAAGGAACUACAGAAUAUGAAGGAAGAAAUCAAUCAAGAUGCUAAUGAUCUAAAUAAACUUUAUGCUUUGGCACAAGAAAGAAUUGGUGAGAAAAGUAUCGGGGACCUGGCAAUUGAGAAGCUCCAAUUAGAGGCAGCUCAACUGGAAGUUGAAGCUGCGACUUGUGCCCUUCAAAAACUUGCCACAAUGAGUCGAGAGCUUUUGAAUAAAGCUAGCUUGAGCAUUGAGGCGGAUUCUGAUUUCACUACCUUCCAGGAUAAUGACUCUGAUCCAAGGGUAAUUGUGUUUGACAACAAAUGUCUGUGCGAAGUUAAAACAGAAGUUGCCCGGCUUACUGCUUUGUCUGAGCAGCUUGUAAAAGAUGCUGGUAUUGUAGGUGACACAAACUAUAUAGAGGUAACUUCUUAAGCUAGUGACCGGUCUGUAUAGAUGUCUAACCGAUUUGUAUACUGUUGCAGAUAACUUGGAAACAACAAAACCGGUGUGGCAACAUCAUGUUGUUCAAAAUUGUGUCUAGUAGUUACUGUAUAAUGAGUGAUUUUAGAUUGUGUUUUUACUUUUACAUGUUUUCCACGGUAGGAUCUAAAACGAAAGGGUUGUUUUUGUUGUCUCUCCCUAUGAGUGAUGUUAAACAUUGUUUUUACUUCAACAUACUUCCACAGAAGGAAUCAAAAUCAGAGUGUUGUUUUUGUUC